AGCGCCACUUGCAGUUGCACAGCGCGGAGCCCCACAAGUAAACUAAUUGAAGGCACGCGCAACUUGGUUCGCGCGCGCGGCUGCUCAUCAUCUCAGUCAGCCAUGGCUUUGGAUGCGAAAGCUCUGCAGGCGGCGAAAGAGGCAGCAGUCCCUGUUGCCCUCGGCGCUGGCACCGCGAGGAGGCCGCCGCCGUCGUCUUGGAACGGCGGCGCUGCUUCACCUGCGACGACGACGUCCACCGCCACGUCCGUGGGCGUGCCGGUCCCGGUGGUGAUGCUCUGUAGCGACGACAGGAGGAUGAAGGAGGAACUCGUCGCGUGGGCCAAGGCUGUGGCGUCCUUGGUUGUCAGGGAGUCCUUGCACUGCUGAUCGAGGCCUGUGGCAUGUUUCCUUAACUUGCAGCCCCAGAAAAAGCUCUACCGCACCGGGGACGAAGCGAUAAUUCGGCCAUUUCUUCUUGGAGGAGUACUGGAGUUAAACAACUUUCACGGAUUCAGGACGAAAUUGCUCGUGUUUGUUCACCUUGCUAUGAGAGGCUGCUUCUGGUUCGUGAUCGACUGCUGACCAUGUGGGGCUGUACAUACAUACUUUGGCAAAUAGAACAUUUUAUCUACAAUUUAGCUAAAAAUGAAUAUCCUGACAGAAGACUAUAUUGUACUAUACAUUUUGAUAUGGAGUAUUGGCAAAAAUAAAUGUGUCGAUGUUAUGUACUAUA